AUGAAGUUGAUCCUCUCCGCCCUCCUCGCCUUCACGCUCUCAGCCGUGUCGGCGCAGGAUUUCAACACCUCUGCCCCCUUCACGCUGAAGCUCGAGAGCGACAACGACGACAUUAACGGCCAAUAUCUCGGCGCCUGCCACGCCGGCGCCGCCAUAGAGCAGCUCUGCCUGGACGGCACGGACGGCACCCCGGUCAAUUACAACACAUUCACGCUGAACGUCACGUCCAGUGGCACCGGGCCCCUCGUCUGGAUCCUCCAGGGCUCCGGGUUCAACCUGAGCUCCGGGCUGUCGUUCUCGCAGACACUUUACAGCAACCUCGCCGUUCCCUGGUUCACGCCGUCCGUAAGCUACGACUACGUCGGGUUCGACGCCGACAACAAGCUCUUCAUCUACUCCGGGUCAUACGACGAGAGCACCUUCGUGGCUGGCCAGUACCCUAACGCGACAGCACAGAAACCUUUGUACCAGUGGUAUGCGUGCUACACAUACACCGGCUACUACUACAAUGCCCUUGCUUGGGCCACCACGGGGGAGCCGAUCAACCCGACGUGUGAGGCGGUCAACGUGACCCGCACUUUUGUCUAA